AUGAGGGUGCUGGUUGUGACCCCCCCUUUCCCCUCACUACUCUCCCCCCAGCAUGUGUCCCUAGCUGCUAGCCGCUCAGACAAGGGCACCAGCCUGUCCAGCCGCUCGCUGGGCGCCCGCUGCAGGAACUCCAUUGCCUCCUGCUCUGACGAGACUCCGCACAUCGGCAACUACCGCCUGCUCAAGACCAUCGGCAAGGGCAACUUCGCCAAGGUCAAGCUGGCCCGCCACAUCCUGACGGGCAAGGAGGUGAGGCUGGGGCACGGGGAGGGUGGGGGGUUGUUGGGUAAGGUACAUGAUGCAAAGGAAGGGUAGUGGCCAUAGAAAUAGAAUGAAAUAGUGUAUAUUUAUAUGGUAGUGGGUUGGAUGGAUGCAUGGGGCCCAAUCUCAAAUCGACCCCUAGACCCAGCAUAGCCGGAAGCUUCACCAUAUUUAUACCAAAACAGAUAUAAUAUUUGACUAAAACAUAAUCAUUUCAAACCUUGUUUACAUUUGUAUACGAUCACGUGUCUCUCUAUUAUGCGUGGGAAUACUUGGGAACAGAUUUCCAGAAUUAAAAUCACUUGGAGCUGAUUUUUGGUGUUUUUACAGUCUUUUAUGUCCAACAAUUAGAGAGAGAGAGGCGGGGAGAGAGAAAGAGCGGCGCGGAGAGAGAGAGAGAUAGAAGCGUGGAGAGAGCGAAUGAGAGAGGCGGAGAAAGAGAGAGACGGAGACAGAAAGAAGCGGGGAGGUGGAGAGAGGCAGAGCAAGAGAGAGAGGGGGGAGGGGGGAAUAAAACCACCUGCGGGCCAAAUUCGUCCCACGGGCCAUCAGUUGGGGAAUCCUGGUCUUGGGAUUGGGUUGUUGUAGUGAUUGGGGGGGACUUGGGAUAUAGGGCAGAGAGGUGAGACUUGGUCAUGGAUAGGAGUAGAGUGAGUGGUGGGGGUAGGAAGUGGAUGGGAGGGGGAUCUGUAGUUGUGGUUGUUCUUUUAUUAAGAUGGAUCCCCAUUAGCUUUGGCCUUAGUGACCACUAGUAUUUCUACUGGGAUGUUUUUGUCUUCUCGUUGUGCUUGUUUGUAAAAUGUCCUUCUUCGCUUCCUCUGACUCCAAGUUCUCCUCAUGUUCUCCUCAUGUCUCCUCCAGGUUGCAAUAAAAAUCAUUGACAAAACUCAGUUGAAUCCAACCAGCCUACAGAAGGUGAGUAUUGGCCAUUUGUGUUUUCUCAGUCACGGUGGACCUGACUUUAAAUGCUUAAUAAACUCCCUCUUUUCCCAUUGACAUUACACAGAGUAAGCAGGCAGGGGCAUCUUUAUUAAGUGAGUUGAUUCAAUGACUGAAUGACUAAAGUGAAGUAGCUGGAAACCUGAGAGAGUUUUUGUGGAGCGCGGCUACUCUGGAGAGUGAGAGAGAGAGAGAGAGAGAGAGAGUGAAAGUGAGAGAGAGAGAUAUAUAUAUAUAGAGAGAGAGAAAGGGGGGGGUGGUGAGAGAGAGAUGCAAGGGGGGGUGGUGAGAGAGAAAGAUGGCCACUGCGUGGGUUCUAAUGCAUGGCUACUUUGUCUUUCCCUUGACAUGCACUGUUCUUGCCUGGAUGGCAUGUCUUACCAGGAUCUGUGAUCAUAUGCCUAUGCCCUUCCUUGAUAAAUCCACCGCAAUUCUCUCACUUAUCUCCGAUUGGGCAGCGGUGCAAGAGAGGAGACUGAUUGGGCGGCUGCUUGAGACCAAACAAUGCGAUUGGGCCAUUGUCGGAGACUACACCUACUAUCUAUCAGAUUUGGCCUAGAUUGACGAGAGCGGGCUGGGAUUGGCUAGCGACGAGAGAACGCUCUACAAUUGGCGUUGAUAGCAGGCUGCUUUACAUGCCCGUGGCUAGAGAAAAUCCUCAAUACAGAAGACAUGAAAGAGGCCAUAUUAACAUAAUCUGGUCUGUUACGCAGAAAGAAGGGAGGGAAAGAGAGAGUUGGGGGAGGUAAAGAGACAGAGGAGAGAGGGGGGUGAGAGAGCGAAGCGUUAGGUAGUGUUAAUGCUAUCUAGAGGUGGUCAGAACUGUGUCAAUUUAAGUACUUGCACUAAUAAGCCUUAUCUCAUAAAAUGGGUAUAACACUGACAAUCAAAUGCAUCUGUCUGUAAAUGUACCCUAUAUACUGUAUUAAUGGUAUAUCAGUGACAGUAGGUCAGAUAGCGAAUGGCCUGGGGCAUGUUUGGUCUGUGGAAUUCUGGGAUUUCAGGAUGACGACGGCAAAACACAUCGUAUCCCAAAAUUCCCACUGGCACAGCUGGAGAAGCGGGGAAGGGCCUAGUCUUAAUACCUGGGUCGCUAUGGCAACAGUGACGUUGGGCAUCGCAAGAGUCUUUAGACUGAGAAAAUAAAGGAUAGAAUGAAGGAGGAAACGGAGGGAGAGAGAGACAUAUAGAAAGAGGGGGAGGAUAGUGGAUAGAAAAGCGAGUGAUUUGAACCCCACCAUAUUCCUGCCGAGUUAGACAGCGGGCUGCCAUUAGACCACGCACUUCACGCGAGACUACCGCUGUUUACACAGUAGGAAAAUAGGAGGAUAAAAAAAAAAAAUUGAUAUCGAGGGACACAUUUCACUUAACGUCUGGUAAGUAGAGUUGCUACAGAUUUAUACUUUUGUUGACAGGAAACGUUGAAACUUUUAUUGGGGUGAAGCCGGCUAUAUUGUGGUAUGGUUAUUUUCUGUCACCAACCACCAGAACGAGGCACAGCUCAGGGAGUCCAACCAAUACACAGACUCCUGAUGUUGUGUCCCAAAGCUAGGAGCUUAUAUGUAUUGUGAACCAGAUGAGCCAGAUGGAUGGCUCAAAUUAAAUAUCCUGCUUUAUGACAAAGCAUUUGAACUGAUUUCUUCCCAAUACUGUAAGUGUAAGCCUUACAGCAGUAUGAAUUGAAAAUGCAUAAAAUGUUGAAAGAACACAUGGUACACAUUGCUGUAACAUUUACUCUCAGUUGAAGACCCCAUAUGAAUAUGUUCUAUAUAUAUUAUUUGUAUUCUAUUCACUUCUAACACAUAUCCUUCUGCCUUUCAUAGCUUUUUCGAGAGGUUCGGAUAAUGAAAGGUUUAAAUCACCCAAACAUAGGUAAGGGCCUGCAUUAAGGGUGUGUGUGUGUGUGUGUACGUGUGUGUGUGUGUGUGUGUGUGUGUGUGUGUGGUUUGUUUAUGUUGAUACGGGCUAUGUUGUAUCUAUUCUAUAUUUCUAUCAAGGAUUUGUGCUAGUAGGUACUGAACCAUCAUAUGCAUUUGUGCUGGUGUUUAUGCUGUGUGUCUGUGUCAUUCACAUGAUCACACUAUGUCUACAGUGCCUUCGGAAAGGAUUCAGACCCCUUUGUUAGGUUACAGCCUUAUUCUAAAGUUGAUUAAAUUGUUUUUUCCCCUCAUCAAUCUACACACAAUACCCCAUAAUGACAAAGCAAAAACAGGUUUUUAGAAAUGUCUGCUAAUUUAUAAAGAAAAAAAAAUGGACCCUUUACUCAGUACUUUGUUGAAGCACCUUUGACAGCGAUUACAGCCUUGAGUGUUCUUGGGUAUGACGCUACAAGCUUGGCACACCUGUAUUUGGGGAGUUUCUCCCAUUCUUCUCUGCAGAUCCUCUCUAGCGCUGUCAGGUUGGAUGGGGAGCGUUGCUGCACAGCUAUUUUCAGGUCUCUUCAGAGAUGUUACAUCGGGUUCAAGUCCGGGCUCUGGCUGGGUCACUCAAGGACAUUCAGAGACUUGUCCCGAAGCCACGCCUGCGUUCUCUUGGCUGUGGGUUUAGGGUUGUUGUCCUGUUGGAAGGUGAACCUUCGCGCCAGUCUGAGGUCCUGAGCACUCUGGAGCAGGUUAUCAUCAAGGAUCUCUCUGUACUUUGCUCUGUUCAUCUUUCCCUCGAUCCUGACUAGUCUCCCAGUCCCUGCCGCUGAAAAACAUCCCCACAGCAUAACGCUGCCACCACCAUGCUUCACCGUAGGGAUGGUGCCAGGUUUCCUCCAGAUGUGACGCUUGGCAUUCAGGCCAAAUAGUUCAAUCUUGGUUUCAUCAGACCAGAGAAUCUUGUUUCUCAUGGUCUGAGAGUCUUUAGGUGCCUUUUGGCAAACUCCAAGCGGGCUGUCAUGUGCCUUUUACUGAGGAGUGACUUCCGUCUGGCCACUCUACCAUAAAGGCCUGAUUGGUGGAGUGCUGCAGAGAUGGUUGUCCUUCUGGAAGAUUCUCCCAUCUCCACAGAGGAACUUUAGAGCUCUGUCAGAGUGACCAUUGGGUUCUCGGUCACCUCCCUGACCAAGGCCCUUCUCCCUCAAAUGCUCAGUUUGGCUGGGCGGCCAGCUCUAGGAAGAGUCUUGGUGGUUCCAAACUUCUUCCAUUAAAGAAUGAUGGAGGCCACUGUGUUCUUGGGGACCUUUAAUGCUGCAGACAUUUUUUGGUACCCUUCCCCAGAUCUGUGCCUCGACACAAUCCUGUCUCGGAGCUCUACGGACAAUUCCUUCGACCUCAUGGCUUGGUUUUUGCUCUGACAUGCACUGUCAACUGUGGGACCUUAUAUAGACAGGUGUAUGCCUUUCCAAAUCAUGUCCAAUCAAUUGAAUUUACCACAGGUGGACUCCAAUCAAGUUGUAGAAACAUUUCAAGGAUGAUCAAUGAAAACAGGAUGCACCUGAGCUCAAUUUCGAGUCUCAUAGCAAAGGGUCUGAAUACUUAUGUAAAUAAGGUAUUUCUGUUUAUAAAAUAUUUGUUAUACAUUUUCUAAAAUUUCAAAAAACCUGUUUUCGCUUUGUCAUUAUUGUCACGGACGUUUACAGAAGAGACGGACCAAGGCGCAGCGUGAUAAGCGUACAUAUUUAUUAACGUAUUGAACACGAACAAAACAACAAACAAACGAUACGUGAAGUCCAAGGUAGACUAAUAACAUACCUAUACGGAACAAGAUCCCACACAGACUGGUGCCAAACGGCUGCCUAAGUAUGGGCCCCAAUCAGAGACAACGAGCUACAGCUGCCUCUGAUUGGGAACCACCCUGGCCAACAUAGAUCUACACGAUCUAGAAACUCAACAUAGAAAAUAUAACAUAGAAACUACACACCCUGGCUCAACAUUUAAGAGUCCCCAGAGCCAGGGCGUGACAGUACCCCCCCCCCCAAAGGUGCGGACUCCGACCGCACCCCAUAAACAUAACAGGGUAGGGGCCGGGUGGGCAUUCCGCCUCGGAGGCGGAUCCGGCUCCGGGCGUAACCACCACCUUCUCUACACCUCCCUGUUGCGCCCCUGGUCUGGUCUGGCACCGCUGACUGGAGCUGGACCCGACGACGGUGGAACGAACUGUACAGGCUCCGGACUGGAGCCGCUGGCCGGAGCUGGACUGGGCACCGGUGGAGCGUAUUGCUCUGGCUCCGGAGUGGAUCCGCUGACUGGAGUUGGACCGGACCCCGGUGGAGCGGAUUGCUCUGGCUCCGGAGUUGAGCAGCUGACCGGUGCCGGACCAGGCACCAGUGGAACAGGCACGGGCCGUGCCGGACUGGACACACGCACCACUGGCUUGGAGCGGGGAGCAGGAACGGGCCGGACCGGGCUGACGACGCGCACCACUGGCUUGGUGCGGGUAGCAGGAACGGGCCGGACCGGGCUGGCGACGCGCACCACCGGCUUGGUGCGGGGAGCAGGAACUGGCCGGGCCGGAUUGGGAACACGCACCACUGGCUUGGUGCGGGGAGCAGUAACGGGCCGGACCGGGCUGGCGACGCGCACCACUAGCUUGGUGCGAGGGGCAGGAACAGGCCGGACCGGGCUGGCGACGCGCACCACUGGCUUGGUGCGAGGGGCAGGAACAGGCCGGACCGGGCUGGCGACGCGCACCACUGGCUUGGCGUGAGGGACAGGAAAAGGCCGGACCGGGCUGGCGACGCGCACCACUGGCUUGGUGCGGGGAGCAGGAACGGGCCGGACCGGGCUGGCGACGCGCACCACCGGCUUGGUGCGGGGAGCAGGAACUGGCCGGGCUGGACUGGGAACACGCACCACUGGCUUAGUGCGGGGAGCAGGAACGGGCCGGACCGGGCUAGCGACGCGCACCACUGGCUUGGUGCGAGGAGCAGGAACAGGCCGGACCGGGCUGGCGACGCGCACCACUGGCUUGGCGCGAGGGACAGGAACGGGCCGGACUGUACUGGGAACACACACCACUGGCCUUGUGCGGGAAGCAGGAAUGGGUCGGGCCGUACUGGGAACAUGUACCACUGGCUUAGUGCGGGGAUCAGGAACGGGCCGGACCGGACUGGUGACACACACCACUUUCUUGGUGCGAGGAGCGGGACUGGGUUCCCUUAUAAACCCCCGCUCCUGCUGCCUAACCAGCUCCUCUCGCCGUGCCUCUACACUCUCCUUCUCCCUUAUCGCCUCCUGUAGCUCCUCCCUCUGACCAAUUAACUCCUGCUCCCUCUGGACCAAUAACCCCCGUAACCUGGUGGCCUCCUCUCCUAGUCUGCAGAUUCGCCCUGUCGCUGCCUCCUGCUGCCUCGUCAUCCACGCCGUGUGCCCCCCCAAUUUUUUUUAUUGGGGUUGCCUCUCGGGUGUCCGUCGUCGGCACGGUUGGCGCCGUUUCUCCUCUCCUGCCUGGGCAUUUACCUUCGCCCAUGGCCCUUUCCCUGCGAAUAUCUCCUCCCAUGACCACCAUUUGCCCACCUGAGACAUCGCUAUUCUCUCUUCCUGGGCACGCUGCUUGGUCCUCAUUUGGUGGGAUCUUCUGUCACGGUCGUUUACGGAAGAGACGGACCAAGACGCAGCGUGAUAAGCGUACAUAUUUAUUAACGUACUGAACACGAACAAAACAACAAACAAACGAUACGUGAAGUCCAAGGUAGACUAAUAACAUACCUAUACGGAACAAGAUCCCACACAGACUGGUGCCAAACGGCUGCCUAAGUAUGGGCCCCAAUCAGAGACAACGAGCUACAGCUGCCUCUGAUUGGGAACCACCCUGGCCAACAUAGAUCUACACGAUCUAGAAACUCAACAUAGAAAAUAUAACAUAGAAACUACACACCCUGGCUCAACAUUUAAGAGUCCCCAGAGCCAGGGCGUGACAAUUAUGGGGUAUUGUGUGUAGAUUGCUGAGAUUUAUAUUUAUUUAAUCCAUUUUAGAAUAAGGCUGUAACAUAACAAAAUGUGGAAAAAGUAAAGGGGUCUGAAUACUUUCCGACUGCACUGUAUCUGUAGGCUACUGCAGUGCUGUAUAUUUAUGUUGUGGCCAUGGCUUGACUACUUGUAGUCCGCAGUCAAUGUACUAGUCCAUCUUGUUUGUGUAUACUUAGUAUAGCAUAGCUUAGAAUAGCAUAAGGUAGCAUAGCAUACUGACAGUAGUGUUUGUAGUCUAAAUGGCUGGUCCACUCCUGUCUCAUCCACCCAGACAGCAGGCUUUUGUCUAGGACUCUCACUGUAUGUGUUGAAUAGGCUACACUACUAGCACAUACAGGAGCUAGCAAGGCCCGGGGAUAGAGGGCCCAGGGUUGGGUUGGGGAGGGGAGGGGAGGGGAGGGGGAUUUUCUAAAGCUGAAAUGUCAUAUGGAUAAAAAAGAAAAGAAAACACAUGGCAUUAGACUAGACCGGCGUCACUGUUUUUAGCAGGCAGAGACAGAGAUGUGUGUUUAUUUAAUUUUUACGAUAGGGGAUUUUAUUUAUAUAUUAUUUUUAAUCUGAUUUUGUUUGUGCCUAUUACAGUGCAGCUGUUUGAGGUGAUUGAGACUGAUAAGACCCUUUACUUAAUCAUGGAGUAUGCCAGUGGAGGUAGGUGCAUCUGCCUUCCUGUCUGUUUCAAUAGUCCUAGCUACUGUGUCUCCAUAAUGGCGGAUUAGCUUGUGUUUGAUUGACAGGGGAGAAAAGUAUAAAUAAACCAAUGGAGAUGACUCAAAACCAUAACCGAAUACAACGGUUUGUACAUUACGUACUCCUACUGUAUGUGUAUGUAAACAUAACCGAAUGUUGCAUAAUUUACCUUUGGUGUUCUACGAAAUUAUAUUGUAAAUGUAGUGGGGGAUUUCGGUAAUAGGCUUAUAGCUUAAGAUGGGGGUUUAGUGGCCAGGGAAAAUAUUUCUACCAGCUGAAAUGUCAUUAGGAUAAAAUCUAGGAGGAAGCAGGCCACAGCCCCACAGUCUCUGUCAUGAUAACAUUAGUGUUAGGCCUUUGAUAUUAGCUACUGGAAACAUAUUAGUUUAAUAACUGUUAAUGAUGGUUGAAAAUACUGCAGAUUCUACGAGCACAAUAUGAGUACAUUAUGGAACCAGGAAAGGGUUUAAGGAAGAUUGAGUGUACAGUAUGAUGCAUUGAAACAUAUUUUGUCACAUACAAUAUUUCCCUCAUCAUCAUGUUGACCACUCUCUUUUUUUUAAGGUGAAGUGUUUGACUACCUCGUAUCUCAUGGUAGAAUGAAGGAGAUUGAAGCCAGAGCCAAAUUUCGACAGGUAUGACGACCACGGUGCCUCGCACACCUGUUUGUUUGUCUGUCUGUCUCUCUGGCUGUCUGUCUUUUCGGUCUGGCUUGCUGGUUGGCUUGCUGCCUGCUAACCUGUCUGUCUGUGUGUGUCUGUCUGUCUGUCUAUCUGCCUGUCUGUAUGUUUGUGUGUCUGUUUGUCUGUCUGUCUGAUUACCUGUCUCUCUGCCCUCUAGAUCGUGUCUGCUGUCCACUACUGCCACAUGAAGAACAUUGUCCACCGAGACUUGAAGGUGAGAAUGCUGAUUGAAUAUACACUUAACAAAAAUAUAAACGCAACAUGCAACAAUUUCAAAGAUUUUACUGAGUUACAGUUCAUAUAAGGAAAUCAGUCAAUUGAAAUAAAUUAAUUAGGCCCUAAUCUAUGGAUUUCACAUGAUUUGGGAAUACAGAUAUGCAUCUGUUGGCGUGAAUCAGAAAACCAGUUACUAUCUGGUGUGACCGCCAUUUGCCUCAUGCAGCGCAUAGAGUUGAUCAGGCUGUUGAUUGUGGCCUGUGGAAUGUUGUCCUACUCCUCUUCAAUGGCUGUGCAAAUUUGCUGGAUAUUCGCGGGAACUGGAACAUGCUGUCGUACACGUCGAUCCAGAGCAUCCCAAACAUGCUCAAUGGGUGACAUAUCUGGUGAGUAUGCAGACCAUGGAAGAACUGGGACAUGUUCAGCUUCCAGGAAUUGUGUACAGAUCCUUGCGACAUGGGGUCGUGCAUUAUCAUGCUGAAACAUGGUUACAUGAUGGCGGCCGAUGAAUGGCACGACAAUGGGCCUCAGGAUCUCGUCACGGUAUCCAUCGAUAAAAUGCAAUUGUGUUAGUUAUCUGUAGCUUAUGCCUGCCCAUACCAUAACCCCACUGCCACCAUGGGGCACUCUGUUCACAAUGUUGAUUUACACGCUGUCUGCCAUCUGCCCUGUACAGUUGAAACCGGGAUUAAUCCGUGAAGAGUACAGUUCUCCAGCGUGCCAGUGGACAUGGAAGGUGAACAUUUUCCCACUGAAGUUGGUUACAACGCCGAACUACAGUCAGGUCAAGACCCUGGUGAGGACGACGAGCACGCAGAUGAGCUUUCCUGAGACGGUUUCUGACAGUUUGUUCAGAUAUUCUUCGGUUGUGCAAACCCACAGUUUCAUCAGCUGUCCGGGUGGCUGGUCUCAGACGAUCCCACAGGUGAAGAAGUCGGAUGUGGAGGUCCUGGGCUAGCGUGGUUACACACACAGUUGGACAUAUUGCCAAAUUCUCUAAAACAGCGUUGGAGGCAUCUUAUGGUAGAGAAAUGAACAUUUGAUUAUCUGGCAACAGCUCUGGUGGACAUUCCUGCAGUCAGCAUGCCAACUGCACACUCCCUCAAAACUUGAGACAUCUGUGGCAGUGUGUUGUGUGACAAAACUGCACAUUUUAAAGUGGCCCUUUAUUGUCCCCAGCACAAGGUGCACCUGUGUAAUGAUCAUGCUGUUUAAUCAGCUUUUUUAUAUGCCACACCUGUCAGGCAAAUCUUGGCAAAUAAGAAACGCUCACUAAAAGGGAUGUAAACAAAUUUGUGCACAACAUUUUAGAGAAAUAAGCUUUUAGUGUGUAUGGAACAUUUCUGGGAUUUUUUAUUUCAGCUCAUGAAACAUGGGACCAACACAUUACAUGUUGCAUUUAUAUUUUUGUUCAUUGUACAUUAUUUGUAAUUGUCAUUAUAAUCCUAAACAUAAACAUUGUGACCGUGCAGUCAGUCAUCCUCCUAUUUUAUAGAUGUGAACAUUUAUGGAUGAACAGUACAUGUAUUUAUAGAUGUGGAAUGGAUAGAGGAAAUAGAUAUAGAUAGAGGAGAUAGUCUUCUGAUUGUUAUUGGAUAUUACGUCCCUGAACAUAAGCACAGACAGACGGAGUGUGAGUCACUUCUUCUCCCAGUAUUUCCGGACUACUGUAUCUAUAGAAAUCCUGGAUGACUGCCCUCCCUCUCCACCUCCCCCUCCAUCCCUCCCCCUCCAUACCUCCAUACCUCCAUUCCUCCCCCUCCAUCCCUCUCCCUCUCCCUCCCCCUCCAUCCCUCCCCCUCCCCCUCCAUCCCUCCAUCCCUCUGCUCCAUGCAUCCCUCCACCCCUUCCUCCUCCCUCCUUCUCUCCCCCUACUCUCUCUCCUCCCGCUCUUCCCUCCAGGCCGAGAACCUCCUGCUGGAUGCCAACGCCAACAUCAAGAUUGCCGACUUCGGCUUCAGUAAUGAGUUCAUGCUGGGCAACAAGCUGGACACGUUCUGUGGCUCCCCACCCUACGCUGCCCCGGAACUUUUCCAGGGGAAGAAGUACGACGGGCCUGAGGUGGACGUCUGGAGUCUGGGAGUCAUACUAUACACGCUGGUGUCAGGGUCGCUGCCCUUCGAUGGGCAGAACCUCAAGGUGUGUGUGUGUGGGGGAGGUGGGGCAGUGAGGCGUUGUGGGGGUGGGGGGGUGGGGGGGGGGGGGGUUAGAGGUGGACAUCUGUAGCCUGGGAGUCAUACUGUACACACUGGUCAGCAGCUCCUGCCCAUCGGAGUGUGUGGCUGUGUGGCUGCUAAUCCGCAUGCUUCAUAGGAUAUAGUGUUGUAAUGAGUGCAGAGUGCAUUGCGUGUACAAUGGAUGUCUUAUUUCUACUGUACUGUGUUGGUGUGUGUCUGGGUUGGCCUGUUGUUUGAUGUGUGUUUUGACUAUUUAUGUUUUCAUGUGUUUUCGGUCUGUGGUUGACAAUCCGCGUUUGGUGUGUGUUUUCGGUGUGUGCUUAAAAACGUGUGUGUAUGUGUGUGUUUAUCACUGCCCACAGGAGCUGCGUGAGCGCGUCCUGAGGGGGAAGUAUCGUGUGCCCUUCUACAUGUCCACCGACUGCGAGGGGAUCCUACGCCGGUUCCUGGUGCUCAAUCCCACCAAGCGCUGCACCCUAGAUGUGAGGAGGACCAACCACCCAUGCCUGAUUCACACUAUAGGACUGGCUUCGAUAUUUUCUUUUCACAUUGUCCUUUCUUGCAUAGUUUCAGCAAUGGUGGAUGUGGAUGUGGAUGUGUAACUAUGCCAGUACAGCACGGCUUGGCUUGGUUCGGUUUGGCUCUGUAGUGUAAAAAGUGUAUACAGUGAGAGAAACAAGUAUUUGAUCCCCUGCUGAUUUUGUACGUUUGCCCACUGACAAAGAAAUGAUCAGUCUAUAAUUUUAAUGGUAGGUUUAUUUGAACAGUGAGUGACAGAAUAACAACAAAAACAUCCAGAAAAACGCAUGUCAAAAAUGUUAUAAAUUGAUUUGCAUUUUAAUGAGGGAAAUACGUAUUUGACCCCCUCGCAAUCAGAAAGAUUUCUGGCUCCCAGGUGUCUUUUAUACAGGUAACGAGCUGAGAUUAGGAACACACUCUUAAAGGGAGUGCUCCUAAUCUCAGUUUGUUACCUGUAUAAAAGACACCUGUCCACAGAAGCAAUCAAUCAAUCAGAUUCCAAACUCUCCACCAUGGCCAAGACCAAAGAGCUCUCCAAGGAUGUCAGGGACAACAUUGUAGACCUACACAAGGCUGGAAUGGGCUACAAGACCAUCGCCAAGCAGCUUGGUGAGAAGGUGACAACAGUUGGUGCGAUUAUUCGCAAAUGGAAGAAACACAAAACACUCUCAAUCUCCCUCGGCCUGGGGCUCCAUGCAAGAUCUCACCUCGAUGAUCAUGAGAAUGGUGAGGAAUCAGCCCAGAACUACACAGGAGGAUCUUGUCAAUGAUCUCAAGGCAGCUGGGACCAUAGUCACCAAGAAAACAAUUGGUAACAGACUACGCCGUGAAGGACUGAAAUCCUGCAGCGCCCGCAAGGUCCUCCUGCUCAAGAAAGCACAUAUACAGGCCCGUCUGAAGUUUGCCAAUGAACAUCUGAAUGAUUCAGAGGAGAACUGGGUGAAAGUGUUGUGGUCAGAUGUGACCAAAAUUGAGCUCUUAGGCAUCAACUCAACUCGCCGUGUUUGGAGGAGGAGGAAUGCUGCCUAUGACCCUAAGAACACCAUCCCCACUGUCAAACAUGGAGGUGGAAACAUAAUGCUUUGGGGGUAUUUUUCUGCUAAGGGGACAGGACAACUUCACCACAUCAAAGGGACGAUGGACGGGGCCAUGUACCGUCAAAUCUUGGGUGAGAACCUGCAUUGAAAAUGGGUCGUGGAUGGGUAUUCCAGCAUGACAAUGACCCAAAACACACGGCCAAGGCAACAAAGGAGUGGCUCAAGAAGAAGCACAUUAAGGUCCUGGAGUGGCCUAGCUAGUCUCCAGACCAUAAUCCCAUAGUAAAUCUGUGGAGGGAGCUGAAGGUUCGAGUUGCCAAACGUCAGGCUCGAAACCUUAAUGACUUGGAGAAGAUCGGCAAAGAGGAGUGGGACAAAAUCCCUCCUGAGAUGUGUGCAAACCUGGUGGCCAACUACAAAAACGUCUGACCUCUGUAAUUGCCAACAAGGGUUUUGCCACCAAGUACUAAAUCAUGUUUUGCAGAGGGGUCAAAUACUUAUUUCCCUCAUUAAAAUGCAAAUAAAUUUGUCCCUGACAUCCUUGGAGAGCUCUUUGGUCUUGGCCAUGGUGGAGAGUUUGGAAUCUGAUUGAUUGAUUGCUUCUGUGGACAGGUGUCUUUUAUACAGGUAACAAGCUGAGAUUAGGAGCACUCCCUUUAAGAGUGUGCUCCUAAUCUCAGCUCGUUACCUGUAUAAAAGACACCUGGGAGCCAGAAAUCUUUCUGAUUGAGAGGGGGUCAAAUACGUAUUUCCCUCAUUAAAAUGCAAAUCAAUUUAUAAAAUUUUGACAUGCGUUUUUCUGGAUUUUUUUGUUGUUAUUCUGUCUCUCACUGUUCAAAUAAACCUACCAUUAAAAUUAUAGACUGAUCAUGUCUUUGUCAGUGGGCAAACGUACAAAAUCAGCAGGGGAUCAAAUACUUUUUUCCCUCACUGUAACAGCAGUGUACAUUGCUAUUAGUGUCACACACUAAUACCCCAACAUGUAAUAAAGCCCCAACCACUAGGGCCGGGACCAUACCAAUAUCGCAUUUUUUUUCUCCCAUGGCAACAUUUUUUACACAAAGCAGACCAAUCUCUUUGGUCCUUUUUAAAAACCAGCUGUAUAUAAAAUAUUGUGUGCUAUAGCUUGGAAAAUAAAUACAUGUGACUCGGGAUGACAACAUAAUGAUGUUUGUUUCCAACAUUAGGGUGGUUUUCCUAAAGUUAAAUCCGCUUUGUGUUUUGUUUCCUUGCCACGAUACUAAUGAGUAUUGCAAUACUGGUAUCGCCACCGGCCCUACAAACCACCAUAACAGGAAUAUCACCUACAUCCCCAGAACCCCAACACACACACACACACACAGGAUUUCCAACUUUAGCUACUCUCUAACAUGGAAUCUUGUUGUGAUCUCCACAGCAAGUCAUGAAGGACAAGUGGAUAAACGCAGGGUAUGAUGAGGAUUCCUUGAAGCCCCAUAUAGAGCCUGUUGAGGACUACAGUGAUGCCGCUCGCAUAGGUGAGCCAGCUAUGUGCAGGCCACUGGGUUGCUAUCCACCAUGUUGGCUCUAAGGGCAAUGUGUUACUCUUCCAUUUUGGCUCUCGUGGCUUCUUUAGCCAGGUCACUUCAUGCCUUUUGACAUUAUCAUGAAACACAUUUCAGAUACAGUAUCCUUUCAGUUAAUAUCUGUUCAUGAAACGUUAGCUUAAAAUGAACUUUAGCUUAAAAUUAUUUCCAAAAUGGCCACCUUCUUUUUCCCCAUCUCCCCUUAUUUGUGGUCUUCAGAGGUGAUGGUGGGGAUGGGCUUCACUCCCGAGGAGAUCAAGGACGCUCUGCUCAACCAGAAGUACAACGAGGUCACCGCUACCUACCUACUGCUGGGCCUCAAGAAUGAGGUGAGCAGUCUGAGCCUGGUCACCAGAGGGCAGCACAAGAUAUCAAUGCGCUAUUACACAGAAAUACACUGCAGCCCUAGUAAUCAGUAUGUAUACUGGAUUUAGGACAUACUAAAAUGGCUUAUUUGAUGAAGAAUUAUGUAGGCAAACAAUAGAUAUUUAUGUAGGCGUAUUAUGUGAAUGUAAAACAACAUAUACGUACACAGAAAGAAAUUGUGCUCUUGGUGGCUCCACAUUUAGUCCAUGCAGCUGGUUAACACCUGCGCUGUGGUUGUCUUGGUAACAGGAAGGCGGCGAGUCUCGUUCGGCCAGUACCCUGUCCCUGGCACGGGUCCGGCCCAGCCCCAUCACCAACGGGACCAACAAACUCUCCUCGGCCACUGCAGGCUCCUCUUCCUCAUCUUCCUCCUCCUCGCACAGCAAGACCCAGCGCAGCGCCUCCACCUAUCACAGGCAGCGGCGGCACAGUGACUUCUGUGAGUGUUCUACUGUGCAUUCUGCUGCACCUUCUACUGUACCCUCUUGUUUACUUUCUACUGUAGAUUCUACUGUAAUGUACCUUCCCUCACCGUCUCAUAACCCGCCCCCCCAUAUUGUCAAAAGAAAAUGUUAUAUUUUUAAUACCCUCAAACACCAAGUUAGGCAUACCUAAUUUCAAAAUAGACAAUCAUCACUGUCAACUGUGAAUGAUAAUUCUUCAUGUUUUACGGUGAAACGUCCAAAUUGCAUCUUUAUGCCAAUCAUUUGAUCUCAAUCAGUUUCAUGGGAAUAUGCAUUUAGUUCUUCUUGAAUUACCCUGAGCCAAUUAGAGCAGAUGGUGUUAGCAAACUAUAUAGCCUUCCUGUAUUUUGUUUCAGUCAAAGCACAUUCUGUCUAGUGGCACGCUGUUGAGUUUUGGCCACAUUCAAUUUUUUUAUUUACUAUUCAGCUAACAUCCUAAAAUCUCAUAAGAAAUUAGGUGGUGUUUUUGGUGUAACAGUAAUGUUAUACUAUGUUAUUAUAUUUGGUUAUGUUAUGUAGAAUACCAAUUCAUGAUUAUGUGAUCUUGAAAUACAUCAUAUUCAGCUUUGAUCUAACUUUACUAAUCUAGCACCAUUGUGAGAAGUGGCAGAGUGGUCGCUCCGGUGUUAACAUGUGUGUUCCCCCCUCAGGCGGGCCCUCCAUGCCGGUCAUGCACCCCAAGCGGAGCCCCACCAGCACGGGCGACCGGGAGCUGCGGGAGGGGCGCAUGCCCCCGCGUAAGGCCAGCUGCAGCGUGAUGGGCAGCCGCUCGCUGCCACCCUCCAGUCCCAUGGUCAGCAGCGCCAAUAACCCCAACAAGUCAGAGAUCCCCGACCGCCGAAAGGAGAUGACUGCCACCACGGUGAGGAACAGUGAGGUAGGACGGGUGGGUUGGGUAGCGGGGGUUUAUAGGGCUGCAUUUGAAAUGGCACCUUAUUCCAUAAGUAGUUUAUUACUACACAGGAAAAAGGGUGCCAUUUUGGACAUACUCUAGGUUAGCAAAUGGCUGCUAGCUAUAAGACUUGUGUGGACACAUUUCCACAGGGUAAAAUGUAAGGGCGUUUUCACACAAGUUUGUUUGCUAUAGUUCUUCAUUUGGUCCGGUCGGUUUCACAUUGCCAAAUGUCAAACAGACAAAAAUGCAUAUACAAAACCAUUUGUUUAUGCAAGUCAUAACGCCACACCGUAACCAUAGAUUCAGGACUAUGGACAGAAGGCUACUGCAGUCAGCGCGAUGAAAGGAUAAUAUUAGAUGCACAGCCAAUUUCAGCACCACCGGAGUGGACAGUCAGGACAACAGGAGCACUGUGCCAGGGCUCACCUCAGAGCACAACCAAUUAGGCUACAUUGGUCAUUGUCCCUAUACCCAUCAAAUAACACAAAGUUGUGUAUACAGUGGGGGAAAAAAGUAUUUAGUCAGCCACCAAUUGUGCAAGUUCUCCCACUUAAAAAGAUGAGAGAGGCCUGUAAUUUUCAUCAUAGGUACACGUCAACUAUGACAGACAAAAUGAGAAAAAGAAUCCAGAAAAUCACAUUGUAGGAUUUUUUAUGAAUUUAUUUGCAAAUUAUGGUGGAAAAUAAGUAUUUGGUCAAUAACAAAAGUUUCUCAAUACUUUGUUAUAUACCCUUUGUUGGCAAUGACACAGGUCAAAUGUUUUCUGUAAGUCUUCACAAGGUUUUCACACACUGUUGCUGGUAUUUUGACCCAUUCCUCCAUGCAGAUCUCCUCUAGAGCAGUGGUGUUUUGGGGCUGUCGCUGGGCAACACAGACUUUCAACUCCCUCCAAAGAUUUUCUAUGGGGUUGAGAUCUGGAGACUGGCUAGGCCACUCCAGGACCUUGAAAUGCUUCUUACGAAGCCACUCCUUCGUUGCCCGGGCGGUGUGUUUGGGAUCAUUGUCAUGCUGAAAGACCCAGCCACGUUUCAUCUUCAAUGCCCUUGCUGAUGGAAGGAGGUUUUCACUCAAAAUCUCACGAUACAUGGCCCCAUUCAUUCUUUCCUUUACACGGAUCAGUCGUCCUAGUCCCUUUGCAGAAAAACAGCCCCAAAGCAUGAUGUUUCCACCCCCAUGCUUCACAGUAGGUAUGGUGUUCUUUGGAUGCAACUCAGCAUUCUUUGUCCUCCAAACACGACGAGUUGAGUUUUUACCAAAAAGUUAUAUUUUGGUUUCAUCUGACCAUAUGACAUUCUCCCAAUCCUCUUCUGGAUCAUCCAAAUGCACUCUAGCAAACUUCAGAUGGGCCUGGACAUGUACUGGCUUAAGCAGGGGGACACGUCUGGCACUGCAGGAUUUGAGUCCCUGGCGGCGUAGUGUGUUACUGAUGGUAGGCUUUGUUACUUUGGUUCCAGCUCUCUGCAGGUCAUUCACUAGGUCCCCCUGUGUGGUUCUGGGAUUUUUGUGAUCAUUUUGACCCCACAGGGUGAGAUCUUGCGUGGAGCCCCAGAUCGAGGGAGAUUAUCAGUGGUCUUGUAUGUCUUCCAUUUCCUAAAAAUUGCUCCCACAGUUGAUUUCUUCAAACCAAGCUGCUUACCUAUUGCAGAUUCAGUCUUUCCAGCCUGGUGCAGGUCUACAAUUUUGUUUCUGGUGUCCUUUGACAGGUCUUUGGUCUUGGCCAUAGUGGAGUUUGGAGUGUGACUGUUUGAGGUUGUGGACAGGUGUCUUUUAUACUGAUAACAAGUUCAAACAGGUGCCAUUAAUACAGGUAACGAGUGGAGGACAGAGGAGCCUCUUAAAGAAGAAGUUACAGGUCUGUGAGAGCCAGAAAUCUUGCUUGUUUGUAGGUGACCAAAUACUUAUUUUCCACCAUAAUUUGCAAAUAAAUUCAUUAAAAAUCCUACAAUGUGAUUUUUCUUUUUAAGUGGGAGAACUUGCACAAUUGGUGGCUGACUAAAUACUUUUUUUCCCCACUGUAUAUAUCAAUAGCAAUUACACCCGCAAAAGCAAGCAAUGAUAUUAAGAAUCUCUAAAAGAUGCAUUGAAGUAAAAAGCAAAGGCCUAAACUAGACAUUACAUUAAAAAAUCUGCCAAACAACCGGUAGGCUUACAUGAGGGAAAACUAAUUAAUUCUGGCACGGCAACCAGAGCCAUAAAGGUUGUAGCUUACCAUUUAGAAGAGUUGCAGCAUCCACCAUGUUGUUAAACCUCAUGAGAAGUUUCUGAUUUCAUUCUCCUUUCUGGCUAAAUGUACUUGUCAGGUCCAUCUCAAAUGCAAGCUCGACAAGCUGGGCUUUUCGUUGAUGUAACAUGCUGCGUCUGUGUUCACUGAAUAUGUUCUUCAGGGUGGAGAAUGAAUUUUCACACAUUGCUGUAGAUGUCCCAAAUAAUCCAUGUUUCAGUGCACAGUCGGCAUUGCUGACCAAAGGCCCGCCAUAUCUUUGAAGAACACUGAGUGGGGUCCAUUUGUUGUUGCUGGCUGUGGUUGUGAUUUCACUUAGCAAAAAUGCACUUUGCAAACCACAAUACACUCUGCUUCCACUGGUUCAGUUUUGGUUAAAUCCAACAGGUCGUCAGGUGCUAUUUGUUGGAGUAACGGAGGUGCAGGUGCUUGUUGUGAUGUUAACCUCGUGCUGUUGGUGCUAGGCCCUGGCUCUUCUCCAUCUUGUUGGUCAGCAGGCAGCAUAGGGGAUGGGCGGAUAUUACAUUUGAUGCUAGGCUCCUCAACCUCGGUGGUCGGGCCAGCAGGUUGCUCAAUGAGCUAGGCAUCGCUCUCGACAUGGUGGUCCUCAGUGUUUUGCUCAUGGCAGUGGCCAGACAUUUUCGGAUAUCCAUGCUGAUUAGCCAGCUAUAAUUAUUCAGCUCACUGCUACCAAAACUUAACGAAGCUAGUAUAUACAAGCUAUCCUAUUAUUAGCUGUAGCUGUCUGCAAAAGUGAACAACUUUUUUUCCCUCUCUGUGAAAAAAAACGGGUCAAUUUGACCCCACCCUGGUGGGAUCCAAUGUGCUUCCUAAACAAGCUAAUGAAGGUGGUACCUUAUUAAAUUGCAUGGCUAGGUGCCCAAUCAGAAUGCAUUGUAUUUUAACUACUAAAUGUUACAUUAUUACAUCCCCCCUCCUCAGAUCAUGAUCGCUCACCCGCCAUAUAGCCUCUGUCCUGGCCUGCACUACUGGCAGGCCCGGCAGCGCUACAUUGGCAAAACCAGGCAUUGUAAUUCAUAUAUCAUUUGUUAUGUUUAUGGGGAAACAUAACUGGGGGGGGCACAAAUUCUAUCUGGGUGGUCCAUGCCCGGCUUUGCCACCCCGUAGAGCCGGCCCAGGCAGUAGCCUACUUUGCAUCGGAUGCGCUUAAAAAUGUGCUGCUAGCUACUCACAAAAUGUUUCAGAAAUAUAAAGUUAUGAUAUUGUGUGCAUUUCAUCUAAUGCUCACAGUUAAACAACCAAUAAUACUGCUGGACUCUGGUUAUUUUCUUGUGUUUGGUCCAGACUGCAUUCUCACCUGCAGCAAAUGUCGUAGAAAUAUUUGGCUCAAAAGUAGUCAACUCAAAAAUAUCUCUCAAGAGACUGGAGCUUGUGAAUCCAAAAAUUUGACUUUAUUAUUUGCGUAACAAAGCCGAGCCACUCCAUGGAACGGCUGUCUCUCUCUGGCUCAGAAAUCUCUUUUAUACACACACAAAUGCACAGUCAUGUUUACAUAGCAUACAAUGCUACUCCCCUUAAGAUAACUGAUUAACAUCUUUAACUGCCACGCCACUAUUAUCUUUCAAAGUCCAACAACACAUGUUGUUUACUCCAAAAGACCAUGGGCGCUUUUGCCUCUUUCCCUUAUCUCAUUAUAUUGGUGGCGUGGCUCAGACACUUUUUAAAAUAAUAUACAUACAUUCAUUAAAGCAUGUUUACACACUGUAUUGGCUAUAUUCCUUAUUUAGACAUGCAUCUGGAUUAUAAAAUGUCAAUUAUGUUUACUAUAUUUUACCUUUGACAUUUCCCAACAUUUUCCUUAAUGAUACAUAAAAUAUUACCAUACAAACCACACCGAGGUACUAAUGGAAUCGGACCGAGACCAUUGUUUUUUCGCGAACCACAGUGCGUGGUUUGGUGCGCACUCGAGUGCGAAUUGUUCAAGUUUGUUUAUUCGUCAUAUACACAUGAUAUACAUGGAGUACAAAGUGCAAUGAAAUGCUCUCUUGCAGGUUAACCUCUCAACAGUACAACAAAAAUAGAGAAAGUCAAUGGGUAAAGAAGGGAAAUAAAAGUACAAAAUAUACACUCAACUGGCAGCUUCAUUAAAUAGUACCCGCAAAACACCAGUCUCAACAGUGAAGAGGCAACUCUGGGAUGCUGACCUUCUAGGCAGAGUUGCAAAGAAAAAGCCAUAUCUCAGUGGCCAAUAAAAAGAAAAGAUUAAGAUGGGCCGUCUGAGAUAUAGCUUUUUCUGAUCACCGGGGCCUCCCACUCCUCUUUCUAUUCUGGUUAGAGCCAGUUUGCGCUGUUCAGUGAAGGGAGUAGUACACAGCGUUGAACGAGAUCUUCAGUUUCUUGGCAAUUUCUCGCAUGGAAUAGCCUUCAUUUCUCAGAACAAGAAUAGACUGACGAGUUCCAGAAGAAAGUUAUUUGUUUCUGGCCAUUUUGAGCCUGUAAUCGAACCCACAAUUGCUGAUGCUCCAGAUACUCAACGUAAAACUGUAUGCACACAUGACUGUAAGUCGCUUUGGAUAAAAGCGUCUGCUAAAUGGCAUGUUUAUGUUUAGUCUCAAGAAGGCCAGUUUUAUUGCUUCUUUAAUCAGCACAACAGUUUUCAGCUGUGCUAACAUAAUUGCAAAAGGGUUUUCUAAUGAUCAAUUAGCCUUUUAAAAUGAUAAACAUGGAUUAGCAAACAUAAUGUGCCAUUGGAACACAGGACUGAUGGUUGCUGAUAAUGUGCCUCUGUACACCUAUGUAGAUAUUCCAUUAAAAAUCAGCAGUUUCCAGCUACAAUAGGCAUUUACAACAUUAACAAUGUCUACACUGUAUUUCUGAUCAAUUUGAUGUUAUUUUAAUGGACAAAACAAUUGCUUGCUACUUUUGAACAGUAGUGUAUAUAAAAUACAACUCAAGAUAAAAUAGAAUAGUAAUUUUAGCAAGAAUGUCCCUGUCCUGGGUACAUGCUUCAAGACAACCACCAUCGUAUCUAUGGUAAAGUCUGAUUUGGUCAUUUGUUCUGACCCCGCUCUCUUACUUUCCCAGAACAACAUUCCGGGAAGUGCCAUGACCCGCCGGAACACAUACGUCUGCACGGACCGCUCCAGCACUGACAGACACUCCCUGCUGCAGAAUGGCAAGGAGAACAGGUAAAGGACAUGGAGGGACAAGGGAGGGAGAGCGAGAGAGAGAGAGAGAGAGAGAGAGAGAGAGAGAGAGAGAGAGAGAGAGAGAGAGAGAGAGAGACUCCCAAAUAUGUCCCCUGAUGAUGAUUAAGAUUAAGAGAUUAAGAUCAAUUUAUUGGUGAAUUGAACACAAGGUCCAACCGAAAUUUGACUUCUGCUUUUAAAGGAGAAGAUUAAUUUUUUACAACCAAAUCUCUAUUUUGUAUGUAAAUUAUAUGUUCUAGAAGGGUCCAGACACCUUUUUUGUGAUUUCACUUGUUUUUUAGAAAUGUACCCAGUGUGUGCCCAGUGGGCGCUUCCUCAUCCUCCUUGUGUAGUAUGGGGGCCCUGAAAAAACAUGAACAAAGGCUCCAAAAACACAUUGGUUAAAUCAUCAUUGUUUCCAUGUAAUUUCAAUGAAAUUACAGUGCCAGUCAAAAGUUUGGACACACCUACUCAUUCAAGGGUUUGUCUUUAUUUUUACAAUUUUCUACAUUGUAGAAUAAUAGUGAAGACAUCAAAACUAUGAAAUAACACAUAAGGAAUCAUGUAGGAACCAAAAAAGUGGUGUUAAACAAAUCCAAAUAUAUUUUAUAUUUGAGAUUCUUCAAUGUAGCCACCCUUUGCCUUGAUGACAGCUUUGCACAGUCUUGGCAUUCUCUCAACCAGCUUCACCUGGAAUACUUUUCCAACAGUCUUGAAGGAGUUCCCACAUAUGCUGAGCACUUGUUGGCUGCUUUUCCUUCACUCUGCCGUCCGACUCAUCCCAAACCAUCUCCAUUGGGUUGAGGUCGGGGGAUUGUGGAGACCAGGUCAUCUGAUGCAGCACUCCAUCAGUCCCACUAAACCCAAACCAGAUGAGAUGGCGUAUCGCUGCAGAAUGCUGUGGUAGCCAUGCAGUUAAGUGUACCUUGAAUUCUAAAUAAAUCACAGACAGUGUCACCAGCCCCACACCGUAACACCACCUCCUCCAUGCUUUACGGUGGGAACAACACAUGCGGAGAUCAUCCGUUCACCCACACCACGUCUCACAAAGACACAUCCAGACCAAAGGACACAUUUCCACUGGUCUAAUGUCCAUUGCUUGUGUUUCUUGGCCCAAGUAGGUCUCUUCUUAUUAUUGGUGUCCUUUAGUAGUGGUUUCUUUGCAGCAAUUCGACCAUGAAGGCCUGAUUCACACAGUCCCCUCUGAACAGUUGAUGUUGAGAUGUGUCUGUAAUUUGAACUCUGUGAAGCUUUUAUUUUGACUGCAAUUUCUGAGGCUGGUAACUCUAAUGAACUUAUCCUCUGCAGCAGAGGUAACUCUGGGUCUUCCAUUCCUGUGGCGGUCCUCAUGAGAGCCAGUUUCAUCAUAGCACUUGAUGGUUUUUGCGACUGCACUUGAAGAAACGUUGAAAGUUCUUGAAAUGUUCCGUAUUGACUGACCUUCAUGUCUUAAAGUAAUGAUGGACUGUCGUUUCUGUUUGCUUAUUUGAGCUGUUCUUGCCAUAAAAUGGCUAUCUUCUGUAUACCCCCCCUACCUUGUCAAAACAUAACUGAUUGGCUCAAACACAUUAAGAAGGAUAGAAAUUCCACAAAUUAACUUUUAAGAAGGCACACCGUUUAAUUGAAAUGCAUUCCAGGUGACUACCUCAUGAAGCUGGUUGAGAGAAUGCCAAGAGUGUGCAAAGCUGUCAUCAAGGCAAAGGGUGGCUACUUUGAAGAAUCUCAAAUAUAAAAUAUAUUUGGAUUUGUUUAACACCACUUUUUUGGUUCCUACAUGAUUCCAUAUGUGUUAUUUCAUAGUUUUGAUGUCUUCACUAUUAUUCUACAAUGUAGAAAAUAGUAAAAAUAAAGAAAAACCCUUAAAUGAGUAGGUGUGUCCAAACUUUUGACUCGUAGUGUAUGUUGAACCUCCCGAGUGGCGCAGUGGUCUAAGGCACUGCAUCGCAGUGCUAGCUGUGCCACUAGAGAUCCUGGUUCGAAUCCAGGCUCUGUUGUAGCCGGCCGCGACCGGGAGACCCAUGGGGCGGCGCACAAUUGGCCCAGCGUCGUCCAGGGUAGAGGAGGGAAUGGCCGGGAGGGAUGUAGCUCAGUUGGUAGAGCAUGGCGUUUGCAACACCAGGGUUGUGGGUUUGAUUCCCACGGGGGUCCAGUAUGGAAAAAAAUAUAUAUAUAUGUAUACACUCACUAACUGUAAGUCGCUCUGGAUAAGAGCGUCUGCUAAAUGACUAAAAUGUAAAUGUUGAACAAACGUGGAAUAGAGGUUGCAUCUACAUCUGUGCCCAGUGGGUGAUUUGCUGUUUGGGGUAAGUUUCUGAAAAACAAAUGAAGUCACAGAAAAGGUGUCUGGACCCUUCUAUAACAUGCCAUUUACAUCAAAAAUAGAGAUUUGAUUGUGAAAAACAAAACUUCUCCUUUAUCCCAACGAAAGACACACAUACAGGCUUUUGGAGAGGUGCGGGGGGGCUGUCACACUGAGCGCUCGGGAGCUGUUGUUGUGGGGGGUUAAGUGCCUUGCUGAAAGGGACAUAGGCAGGCAAUGGCAUCUAGGAUUUGAUACCAGCAACCCUCCGGUUGGUUGCCAUCUCACUUCCCAUUUCCCACCAGGUCACCUCCCGACAGAUUUUUCCCGUCUGACCCGGGAUUUGAACUGGCAACUCUCUGGCUGCUGGGUCGCCUCUCUAACCGCUAGGCUACCUGGCGCCCCGUUUUUAGUGUUGUUUUUUGUCAACCAUUUUAUUGUGAAGUCGAAGACAAACUUCCACUUUGUGUGGACAGUAACAUUUGUCUAAUUCUAAUUGUCUCUCUGCUCCAGCUCCCUGUCCCACCGCCUGCCCCCCACAUCCCCCUCCACGCUGAGCAUCUCUGGGGCUGGGGCCGGGGCCUCCUCCUCCUCUUCUAGCGAGCGCUGCCGUCUGACACGGGGCUCCACCAUUCGGAGCACCUUUCACGGGGGCCAGCUGAGGGACCGGGGCCCGCCCGUCUACUCGGCCCCGCCCACCUCCCCCACGCUGUCCCACCAUGACGCCAGUCCCCUGCCGCACGCCCGCAGCCGUGCCACCUCCAACCUCUUCACCAAGCUCACCUCCAAACUCACACGCAGGUAAGCGGUCACCUCCGUAACGGUCACCUCCGUAACAGUCACCUCAGUAACACUCGCCUCCAAAUGCAGGGGACUAUCACCUCAGUGAAUAGUAGUAGUCGCCUCCGUAAUGCCUGCCUCCAAACUCACAAGCAGGUAAUCGUGGACCUGGGUCGUGUUUAGAAGGGGAAACGGGGGAGGUAUGCAUACUACCUGAAUUUGUUCAAGAAGAUCACCAAUUAUCAUUCUCUGUUGCAAAAAGUUACAGGCCACGGCCCUGGGUCCUGACAUAGAGAGCUAACCCAUCUCUGCCUGGAAUCAGCUUUAAUAUACAGUAUAAUCACAUAUAUGUAAUGUAAUGAAACAUAUGCUUCCUCCAUGCCAAUCAGCUACAGCUGUGCUGUUAUCCACCACUCCCUUGGCCAUGUUUCAAAUAUAUUCUCUUUCUCCCCCUCCUCUCCCAUUUAUUUUUCUAUUUCUCUCUCUUGCGCUUCCUCUUCCUCUCCUUACAUCAGGGUCAAUCUUGAACCCUCUAAGCGCCAGGGCUCAAACAAAUCAGUCUCGGGUUGUACCCUUCCCCAGGGAUCAAAAACAGUUAGUAAGUUCCCAUGUCUCUAGCUUCUCUCUGUCGAUCUGCCUGCCUGCUUGCCUGCCUACCUUCUGGACAUACUAACACUGUGUGUGUGUGUGUGUGUGUGUGUGUGUGUGUGUGUGUGUGUGUGCGUGCCUGUCUGACGGUGUUCCUGUUUACUUACCUAUCGGUCUGCCUUUCUGUUACAUACCUUUGUGUCUGUCUUUCUGCAUGUCUACCUGUCUAUGUCUUACCGACCUGUCUGUCUGUAUGUCUGCCUUUCUCUAACUUCCCAUGUGCCUAGUACUUACCUGUCUGUAUGCCUGCCUGCCUGUCUGUAUACCUGUUUGUCUGUAUGCCUUACCUGUAUGUAUGCUUGUCUGUCUGCCUUACCUCUCUGUCUGUCUGCCUUACCUGUCUGUCUGUCUGUCUGUCUGCCUUACCUGACUGUCUGUAUGCUUGUCUGUCUGUCUGUCUGUAUGCCUGUACAGUUGAAGUCGGAAGUUUACAUACACUUAGGUUGGAGUCAUUAAAACUUGUUUUUCAACCACUCCACACAUUUCUUGUUAACAAACUAUAGUUUUGGCAAGUCAGUUAGUCAUCUACUUUGUGCAUGACACAAGUAAUUUAUCCAACAAUUGUUUACAGACAGAUUAUUUCACUUAUAAUUCAAUGUAUCACAAUUCCAGUGGGUCAGAUGUUUACAUACACUAAGUUGACUGUGCCUUUAAACAGCUUGGAAAAUUCCAGAAAAUGAUGUCAUGGCUUUAGAAGCUUCUGAUAGGCUAAUUGACAUCAUUUGAGACAAUUGGAGGUGUACCUGUGGAUGUAUUUCAAGGCCUACCUUCAAACUCAGUGUCUCUUUGCUUGACAUCAUGGGAAAAUCAAAAGACAUCAGCCAAGACCUCAGGAAAAAGAAUUGUAGACCUCCACAAGUCUGGUUCAUCCUUGGGAGCAAUUUCCAAAUGCCUGAAGGUACCACAUUCAUCUGUACAAACAAUAGUACACAAGUAUAAACACCAUGGGACCACGCAGCCGUCAUACCGCUCAGGAAGGAGACGCGUUCUGUCUCCUAGAGAUGAACGUACUUUGGUGCGAAAAGUGCAAAUCAAUCCCAGAACAACAGCAAAGGACCUUGUGAAGAUGCUGGAGGAAACAGGUACAAAAGUAUCUAUAUCCACAGUAAAACGAAUCCUAUGUCGACAUGACCUGAAAGGUCGCUCUGGAAGGAAGAAGCCACUGCUCCAAAACAUAAAAAAGCCAGACUAUGGUUUGCAACUGCACAUGGGGACAAAGAUCGUACUUUUUGGAGAAAUGUCCUCUGGUAUGAUGAAACAAAAAUAAACUGUUUGGUCAUAAUGACCAGCGUUAUGUUUGGAGGAAAAAGGGAGUUGCUUGCAUGCCGAAGAACACCAUUCCAACCGUGAAGCACAGGAGUGGCAGCAUCAUGCUGUGGGGGUGCUUUGCUGCAGGAGCACUUCACAAAAUAGAUGGUAUCAUGAGGAAGGAAAAUUAUGUGAAUAUAUUGAAGCAACAUCUCAAGACAUCAGUCAGGAAGUUAAAGCUUGGUCGCAAAUGGGUCUUCCAAAUGGACAAUGACCCCAAGCAUACUUCCAAAGUUGUGGCAAAAUGGCUUAAGGACAACAAAGUCAAGGUAUUGGAGUGGCCAUCACAAAGCCCUGACCUCAAACCUAUAGAAAAUAUGUGGGCAGAACUGAAAAAGCGUGUGCGAGGAAGGAGGCCUACAAACCUGACUCAGUUACACCAGCUCUGUCAGGAGGAAUGGGCCAAAAUUCACCCAAUUUAUUGUGGGAAGCUUGUGGAAGGUUACCCGAAACAUUUGACCCAAGUUAAACAAUUUAAAGGCAAUGAUACCAAAUACUCAUUGAGUGUAAGUAAACUUCUGACCCACAGGGAAUGUGAUGAAAUAAAUAAAAGCUAAAACAAAUCAUUCUCUUUACUAUUAUUCUGACAUUUCACAUUCUUAAAAUAAAGUGGUGAUCCUAAAUGACCUAAAACAUGGAAUUUGUACUAGGAUUAAUUGUCAGGAAUUGUGAAAAACUGAGUUUAAAUGUAUUUGGCUAAGGUGUAUGUAAACUUCUGACUUCAACUGUAUGUCUGUCCGUAUGCCUUUCCUGUCUAUAUUCUUGUCUGUCUGUCUGUCUGUCUGUCUGUCUGUCUGUCUGUCUGUCUGUAUGACUGUCUGUACCUACUUGUCUUUGUUCUGUAGCUCUUUCACACUGCUUUUUGGUUAAUUCCUUUGGCAUGCCUGGGGGAUUACAUUUUACUUGAACCCUGCAUCAUAAGGGCUACAUAUUACUGUCAAAACAAUGACUUAACGGGUGUCAUGAUUGCAACUGACUUAACACUGUCAUGACCCAAACCAUGAAUUAGCUAUUGCAGUUUUGCUAGACAAUUGGCUGAUAUACAGUAAACAUGGUCUCAGUUGUCAUAAGCUGACACCUAUGAUAUCUGUUGUCAUUGUUAUGAAAGUGUUAUGGAGCCUUUAUUAUACGUAAGGGCUUGCUUUAAAUAAGUAUUUGUUCCAGGGGCACCGUCCUAGUGGAUAAGGUCUUCUCCCUUGUUUUAUUUUGAAUGACAGUUGAUUCCCGGACAUGAUACAGCCUUAUUAUUUGACUAUGUUGAUCGAGUCAGGGCGCUCUGAUAUGGAGUGAUAUUAGUACUAUUGCAUUGAUAUCACUCCAUACUCUGACCCGUAUUCAUGGAUUGCACCUACGUCACCUAUUCGCGUCACGCCAUCUGAACGGAGGCUCACUCUUAGCUAGCCAUCUAACGCUACACCAAAUAUUUUUUAUAACUAACCCAAGAUACACCACAGCCUGUCGUUUCCAAUGGGAGCAAAUUAAGCAUAGUGGGCAGAACAAGCAAGGAGGUGGGCAGAGCCAAGAACGAGCUAGCGAGAUCCUAUUGGCGCGUUCUAGCAUGUGUUUGCAUAUUUCCGUUAAGGAAUGCCUACUCUGUGAACUGCGCAUGUGCAGUAACUAAAUUCGCCAUUGCCCUCCUUCUAAACAACACAAUUUUUUAUAACUUUGGCAAAGGGUAAGGUCUACAAGACCUAGUCAACUCUGUUCGUUACAGAUGAUUGUUUUGGGAAAAGCAAACUGUAUUCAGAUCAAAUGUUUCAUCGCUGAGAAAAUUAGCGUGUCGGCCCAGUUCCAUCUGGCUCCAUAUUCUUCCACUGCCGGCCACUGGUGCUUCCUCUCCUCACUAUAUUUGCUGGAGAGUGGAACUUCAAACCGGAUGCUUCAGAUUUAUACAGUACCAGUCAAAAGUUUGGACUCCUACUCAUUCAAGGGUUUUUCGUUAUUUUUACUAUUUUCUACAUUGUAGAAUAAUAGUGAAGACAUCAAACUAUGAAAUAACACAUAUGGAAUCAUUUAGUAACCAAAAAAGUGUAUUUGAGAUUCUUCAAAGUAGCCACCAACUGCCUUGAUGACAGCUUUGCACACUCAACCAGCUUCAACUGGAAUGCUUUUCUUGAAGGAGUUCCCACAUAUGCUGAGCACUUGUUAGCUGCUUUUCCUUCACUCUGCGGUCCAACUCAUCCCAAACCAUCUCAACUGGGUUGAGGUCGGGUGAUUGUGGAGGCCAGGUCAUCUGAUGCAGCACUCCAUCACUCUCCUUCUUGGUCAAAUAACACUUACACAGCCUGGAGGUGUGUUGGGUCGUUGUCCUGUUGAAAAACAAAUGAUAGUCCCACUAAGCACAAACCAGAUGGGAUGGCGUAUCGCUGCAGAAUGCUGUGGUAGCCAUGCUGGUUAAGUGUGCCUUGAAUUCUAAAUAAAUCACAGACAGUGUCACCAGCAAAGCACCCCCACGCCAUCACAACUUCUCCUCCAUGCUUCACGGUGGGAACCACACAUGCAGAGAUCAUCUGUUCACCUACUCUGCAUCUCACAAAGACACGGUGGUUGGAACCCAAAAUCUCAAAUUUGGACUCAUCAGACAGAUUUCCACCGGUCUAAUGUCCAUUGUGCGUGUUUCUUGGCCCAAGCAAGUCUCUUCUUCUUAUUGGUGUCCUUUAGUAGUGGUUUCUUUGCAGCAAUUUGACCAUGAAGGCCUGAUUCACGCAGUCUCCUCUGAACAGUUGAUGUUGAGAUGUGUCUGUUACAUGAACUCUGUGAAGCAUUUAUUUGGGCUGCAAUCUGAGGUGCAGUUAACUCUAAUGAACAUCAAAUCAAAUGAAAUGUUAUUUGUGAAAUGCACCGAAUACAACAAGUGUAGACCUUACAGUGAAAUGCUUACUUACAAGCCCUUAACCAACAAUGCAGUUUUAAGAAAGAAUACCAAAACAAAUCACACAAAAAAAAUAGAAUAUAAAAUAAUACAAAAUAAAAGUAACAAAUAAUUAAAGAGCAGCAGUAAAAUAACAAUAGAGAGGCAAUGCACAUAGUCUGGGUAGCCAUUGAAUUAGAUGUUCAGGAGUCUUAUGGCUUGGGUGUAGAAGCUGUUUAGAAGCCUCUUGGACCUAGACUUGGCGCUCCGGUACCGCUUGCCGUGCGGUAGCAGAGAGAACAGUCUAUGACUAGGGUGGCUGGAGUCUGACCAUUUUUAGGGCCUUCCUCUGACACCGCCUGGUAUAGAGGUCCUGGAUGGCAGGAAGCUUGGCCCCAGUGAUGUACUGGGCCUUACGCACUACCGUCUGUAGCACCUUGCGGUCAGAGGCCGAGCAGUUGCCAUACCAGGCAGUGAUGCAACCAGUCAGGAUGCUCUCGAUGCAGCUGUAGAACCUUUUGAGGAUCUGAGGACCCAUGCCAAAUCUUUUCAGUCUCCUUAGGAGGAAUAGGUUUUGUCGUGCCCUCUUCACGACUGUUUUGGUGUGUUUUGGACCCAUGUUAGUUUGUUGGUGAUGUGGACACUUAUCCUCUGCAGUAGAGGUAACUCUGGGUCCUCCUUUCCUGUUGCGGUCCUCAUGAGAGCCAGUUUCAUCAUAGCGCUUGAUGGUUUUUGCGACUGCACUUGAAGAAACUUUCAAAGUUCUUGAAAUGUUCCGUAUUGACUGACCUUCAUGUCUUAAAGUAAUGAUGGACUGUUGUUUCUCUUUGCUUAUUUGAGCUGUUCUUGCCAUAAUAUGGACUUGGUCUUUUACCAAGUAUGGCUAUGUUCUGUAUACCACCCCUACCUUGUCACAACACAAGUGAUUGGCUCAAAUGCAUUAAGAAGGAAAGAAAUUCCAUAAAUUAACUUUUAAGAAGGCACACCUGUUAAUUGAAAUGCAUUCCAGGUGACUACCUCAUGAAGCUGGUUGAGAGAAUGCCAAGAGUGUGCAAAGCUGUCAUCAAGGCAAAGGGUGGCUACUUUGAGGAAUCUCAAAUAUAAAAUAUAUUUUGAUUUGUUUAACACUUUUUUUGGUUACUACAUGAUUCCAUAUGUGUUAUUUCAUAGUUUUGAUGUCUUCACUAUUAUUCUACAAUGUAGAAAAUAGUGAAAAUAAAGAAAAACUCUUGAAUGAGUAGGUGUGUCCUAACUUUUGACUGGUACUGUACAUCUGGUGAAACAUAUGGCUCCUUGUUCUAUCUGUGGUUAUACUGCAUCUAAAGUUAACCUGACGACAUCACAAUGAAGACAAAAGGUUUUCCUACUCAUUAUUUGCCUCCUUUAGAAAUGACAUGUUUCCAAGCCACUAUAAUGCACUUUAGACUAAAUCUUCAUCAACGCCAAUUGACAAUGCAUUGAGUAGAACAUUCACUCGGGAGUCAAUAGAACUUUCAUAACAAUAUUGUGAUGCAACGUGCAACCCAUGAACACCUGGAGGUUUUUGUUGCUGUUGUUUGUUUGUCCUCACUCUAUGAUUUAUUUUCCUUUCUUUUUGAAUGGCUUCACAGUAUUGUGGAUGGAUGAUGACUGUGUACUUCGUGGACAUGGAACUGCACCUCCCAUAAAUCACUUCUCCGAUUCUCCCUUUAACUGUGUGUGUGUGUGUGUUCUCUAUGCAGGGUCACAAAUGAACCUGAGGGAAUCUGCCGAUCUGCGGUCACAAGGUCAGUAUAUGUCACAAGGUCAGUAUAUCCAGCAACCCUUCGUCAACCCAUCUUGAACUCAUGUUUCAGACAGUAAACUUGCACACCUUAACUGGACAUUUAAGCUUAGAUUCAACAACCCGUUAUCUCAAGUUUUUCUUCUUACCCACAUUUACUACCCCUUUCCCUCUAACAACUCUUUUCUCCUCCUUUUUCCUCCACUCUUCCACCACUCUGUCCUUUCUCCUUCUUCUUUUCUGUCCCUUUCUGGUCUCCAGUCGCCAUUUACCUGGGCAUCAAAAAGCGGCCGAGCCCCGGGCCGUCGGACGUGGCUGGGAUCUGAGGGGACCCGGGGGGCGACGGGACCCGGCGGAGGUGGUGCUGGCUCUGCGGGCGGCGGCACGGGGUUGCGGCUGCCAGGUCCACCACGCCGGCCCCUUUCUGCUCUCCUGCACCCACGGGGCGGCCGGUGGUCGCGUGGCCUUUGAGGCCGAGGUGUGCCACCUCUCCACGGGGGGCAGCGCCGCCAACAAUGAGUCUUCCAACGGGGUGCGCUACACGCGACUCUGGGGGGCACCGCUCGCUUUCCGGGACAUCGCCACGCAAAUCUCGAAGGACCUCGAACUCUGA